ACAAUUCUACGUGGCUGCGCAGCCUCUUGCGUUUUAUGUUCUUACAAAUUCCUACCCCGUCGUCGCCUUCUCCGGCUAACGAACCUGCUGAUCCGUGCGUCCAUAUACAAAGCUCCUAUCUUAACUACUAAUUAGGCUCGCUAAUGGUCCUGCCAAUAAAUACAGGCUCCUGCUACGCUCAUUUCCAUCACUCAUCUGCCAUCUGCUCAUAGCAAUCUGCUAGUAGCUCCAGUGCCGAACGACCGGCCAUGGCAAAGAUCCACCUCUACAUGGCCGCGGCCUGCGCCGUCGUGCUCGCGCUCGCAGCCCCGACACUCGCCGGCGACCCUGACAUGCUCCAAGACGUCUGCGUCGCUGACCUCGCCUCCCCGAUCAAGCUGAACGGGUUCCCGUGCAAGGCGAACGUGACGGCGGACGACUUCUUCUUCCCGGGGCUGAGGAACCCUGGCAACACCAACAACGCGGCGGGCUCCGUGGUGACGGCGGCCAACGUGGAGAAGUUCCCCGGCGUGAACACCCUGGGUGUCUCCAUCGCGCGCAUCGACUAUGCCCCGGGCGGCCAGAACCCGCCGCACACGCAUCCGCGCGCCACCGAGAUCAUCUUCGUCCUGGAGGGCACGCUCGAGGUCGGCUUCAUCACCACCGCCAACAAGCUCUUCACCAAGAUCAUCUGUAAGGGUGACGUCUUCGUCUUCCCCAGGGGGCUCGUCCACUUCCAGCAGAACAGGGGACACGGCCCCGCCGCUGUCGUGGCCGCCUUCAACAGCCAGCUCCAGGGCACGCAGGCCAUCGCCAUGACACUCUUCGGAGCCACACCGCCGGUGUCCUCCGACAUCCUAGCCAAGGCCUUCCGGAUCGGCAAUGGGGAGGUCGACGCCAUCAAGGCCAAGUUCGCGCCCAAGUAGAGAAGACUUCGGCCUUCUGCAUUCGUUUAUUUCACUUCUGAAUAAUCGGUAGUUAAAUUUGUCCAUCUUUGGUUUGAGGGAUUGCUGAGCGCGCUUUGUUGUUUAAAUCCAAUUUGUGUGACACCAAUAAGAUCAUCAGUUUAUGGUUUGUGUUAUGUUCAACUGGUUUUUCAGCCAGAUUA